AUAGUUGCUAUGUAACAGCGUGUAAACAAUAGAGGUGGAGUAAGAGGUUAGAUACUGACUUUAUCUUGGUACUAAAACUUGUGUUGUUGGUUUUUUAAAGCACUUUGCAUUGGAAGAACAACAAGAAGCUAGAUUUUGCAAGUGUCGUUGAGGGUCAAUUGAAGUCCAGCCUGCCUCCAACCCCAUCGACAGCACGAUGACUGUGUAUUUGGGAAAAUGUGAACCUAUUUUGAUGGAUGAGAAGUUUCUGAAGGCAGCAAUUGAGGAGCAAGUGUCUGCAACUCAAGAGGGGCUUGUUGCCAAGGCGGAGGGAAUCCGCUUCAGUGAAAUCUUUGAGCUACGUCUGGAAUACAAAAGUAUCCUGAGGAUUGACCACUUGUGGGAGUUCACGUCCUUGGCCAGGCUUGAUCUGAACAACAACCACAUAGAAGUUAUUGAGGGCCUGGACCGUCUGGUUAAUCUGACAUGGCUUAAUCUGUCUUUCAACAUCAUAGAGAAAAUUGAGGGUCUGGAGUCUUUGCGGAAGCUUGAAUUGCUGAAUCUGUCCAACAACAGAAUCUCUGUCAUUGAAAACCUGGACACACUUGAGAAGCUCAGUCAUUUCUGCAUUGCAAACAACCGCCUUGAAAAGCUGGACAAUGUGCUCUAUCUCAGGAAGUUUAAGAACCUUUUCACCCUCAACCUGUUUGGAAAUCCUUUCUCUGAAGAAGAAGAUUACAAAUCUUUCGUCGCAGUCUACUUUCCGAAGUUGACGUGCAUAGACUACAGACUGAUUGACGAGAAGAUAAAAAAUGAGGCAUUUAUCAAAUACCAGUAUGUCCUUGAGGAAAUCAGGCUUGAAGAGCUGCAGAUACAAAAAGCUGAUGAGGCUCAGCAAAGCAAGGAUGCGGAACUCAAAUUACACACGGAUGCCUUUGUGGAGUUCCUGAAUGGGUCUGACCUGUUUAAGAGUAUGUUCAAAGACGAUCCAGAGGCAGAGGUGCUGCAAUGUGUGCCAGCAGUGGCUCAUCUGCUUGAAACAUAUGAGCACCAAAUGGUGGAGCUGUGUAUGCAGGUAUUUGAAAUAGGCUUGGCCGAACAUAAGCGAAGAGAGACAGAGGUGAGCUCCUUCUUCUGUGGCCAAUCUAAGGCUAUGACAGACUACCAGCAGAAAGCAACACAAAUAUUGGCAGAGUUUGAGGAGCAACACACAGAGAGGAUAGAGGAGUUGCAGAAGUUAACAGAUCCAGACCUACUGAAGGUGAAGAUCAACGACCACAAUGACGAAAUCAACCAAUUCUGCAAAAGCUUCAUGGCGCUGGAGUUUCAGCUGGUCAGCCAGAUGGAGGACACCAUCAGAAUGUUUGACAUCAACAUCUCAGCCAUGGUUGGCAACUUCAGUGAAACUUUUCAAGGGAUAUUUGCGCAAUGUCGAGAUUUGGAGAAUAAUUAUCACGAGAAGGUGCAGGAGAUUGCUGUAAAAACCCUGGAGACAGUGGCCAAGGAAGAGGUGAAUGAAGACAUGCCAGAGGAUGUUAAGAUGCUGUUUACAGACAGAGAAAAAGUGAUGGACACACUGACCGCCGGCCACGAUAACCACUUGAUGAAGAUCAAUGACAGAGAGACUCAGCUGGUUACGCGUAUCAAUGCCUGGAAAGCGGCCCUCAUUAAAGGGAUUCAAGACAAAGAACUGAAGCAGAACCGCAUGCGCAUAUCAGACAUCCACAGAUAUGUGGACCAUUUGAGGGAGGAGUUGCAGUAGCAUCAUCAGUAAAGCAUUUCACUGUGUGCAAGUAAAAAUAUUUGUAUUUGUAUUUUGUUCCCCAUACGCAAUAAAGAAUCUCA